UUUGUCAUUGUAUGAGAGUGUUUAUUGAUAUUUUUAGAUAAUUAGCAAUUACCGGAACUUCCACCACGUUAAUUAAAGUGAAAUUUGUGAUAUGCUUUAUAGAAUUAACGAGUUUAUGUGCAAGUUUUCCAAGAGUACAGCAAAACCUGAUAGCAAAGGUCAUACUCAAUGAACUUAACUUCUUCUGUCUUCUGUAAAGUUUGAAAAGAUCCAGAUUAAAAAUGUUUUGGAAACAGUUAACUCCCUCCUCCUCUGGGAUAGAAACAAUUCUUGCAAAAGAGGAUGUCACUCUGCAAGAAAUUAUGGAUACAGAAUAUAUUAUCAAUGACUGUCGGGGACAAAAUAAAGUUCUUAUUGACUUCCUUCUUAAGCCUGAAAUAAUGGAGGAACUCAUUGGACUGGUAACAAAGGAACCAUCAUCAGAAAUUGAAGAGCGCAGUAGAUUUAAAUAUCCAAACAUAGCAUGUGAAUUACUAACAUGUGAUGUUCCUGCUUUAAAUGAAAGGCUGGCCAGUGAUGAGGCUCUCCUCAACAAGCUUUAUAGUUUCUUAGAGUGUGAUAAAUUGAAUCCACUGUUGGCUUCCUAUUUUAGUAAAAUUAUGGGCACCCUUAUUGCAAGGAAGACUGAGCAGAAUUGGUUGUCCUCUCAGGUCACUUGCUUGCAAGUCCUUGACUUUUUGAAGGCCAAGGUGACUUUUAUAACCCUAAUGCUCAAGCACUUAGGCACUUCCGCGAUCAUGGAUCUCAUGCUCAAAAUCAUGACCGGAGUCGAGGGCGUCGAGAGCAGGCAGAACAUUCUUAACUGGUUGGACAGUCAGAGAGUGAUGCAAUCGCUGGUUUCGCUCCUGAAUCCGAAGAUCGACAAUGAGAGGCAUUAUAACGUUGCUCAAUUACUGUGUGAUUUUAUUAAGACGGCACGCGAUUCCCUCCGGAAUUCCACGGAGAGGGCAGAUCCUGAUCCACUACUUAAUACUUUAGAAUCGCCUGAAACAAUUUCUCUAUUAUUGGACCAGAUAUUGAACGAGGAGAAGAGCGAAACCGCCAUCGUCGGUGGUAUACAGGUUCUACUGGCACUAUUAGACGUCUACCAAUGCAACAUUCCAAAGUAUAGUGCCCAGAAUAUGUACAGCACCAAUAUAAAUGAUGAAGCAAAUGAUAUUGAACAAAAACAGAAAAUUAUUUCUAAUACCACACAGUCAAUUCGGCAUCGUCUUGCAGACUUCCACAGUUUACUAUUAGAUCCACCAAAUAAAUCACCAAUCAACACCACAGUGGGUGUGUUGGACCCACCUCUAGGGAACACUAGACUUCAAAUCGUCCGUCUGUUGGCCUCUAUCAUAUCGUCAAAUAACGAAGAACUGAUUCAGGAGCUGGUUAAUUUGGGCACGUUUCAAGUGAUGCUGGAUUUGUUCUUCAAAUAUCCAUGGAACAACUUUCUGCACACCCAGGUAGAGAACUGUCUGAUAUCGGCGCUGAAGACUUAUGUUAAUGAUGGGAAUGAUGAGAAUUCAAAUGCCUUAUGUAAACAUUUAUUAAUAGAUUGUAAAUUAAUUGAGAGAAUAUUGGAUGCCUGGAAGGAAAAUGAAGAGUUACAAUCUCAAGAGAAAGGUGUCCGACGUGGUUAUAUGGGUCACCUAAUAAGUAUUCUUAACAAAUUAGUCGAUUUGUGUUCAUCAAUUUCCUUAGGGGAAUAUUUUAAAACUAAUUUACCUGAGGUUGCCAAAUCUCUGGACGAAUUUAAGGAGACUACUUUGUCCGAAACGAACAAACUGCAGGAUUCACUGCUGGGCGGUGCUCAUCCGAAGAGUUCUAUUGAGGAUAAUGAAGAUUACGGCGUUCACGUGACUUAUUCGCAGUCGAAUGCCAUGCAACAACAGUUGUACUCGCAAUACCAAAUGCAGAAUCUGAUGCAGUCCUACAUAGUCGAUUACAGUGAGUUCAACGAUGAUGCUUUUAACGACGUCGACGACACCCUACAGACGAUAGAUCAUCGGUCCGACAUGAACUUCGAUAUUUCCGAAGGUGAUUUCGCCCAACACCACGAGAUGUUCAAGCAGGUCUGUGCGCAGAACAUCAACACGUUGGACGACGCGGACGAUCAGAUUUUUGAGGAGCGCGAGCAAACCUUCCAAACGGUGAUUGAGAAGCGGACCAGCAGCUACGCCGCCUACAGCAGCGACAGCGACGACGAAUCGCCGCCAGCCGAGGACGCCAUGGACGUCGAUCCGUGGGCUUCGCCGAAGGCAGCUACGCCGCCCGUCGUUUCGAUAGUGACUCAGGAUCCGUGGGGCACGGGCGACAACGCGAAUUCGGACUCCAACGUGGGUGGAUGGGCCGACUUCAGCAAUGCCGGUUUCAAGGCCAAUUUCCAGGACACCGAAAAAAGUGAGGAUGUCAAGGCGCCGGUCGUGGAAAAAGAUCUGCAAUUGGAGAACGUCGCCGAGGUCGUGGAUGAAGACAAAACGGGACCGAAGGAAGAUCCGAAAAAUGAAAAGGUAGAUAGUUCGGCCAAAGAGAGUGUCACCAAGAACGCCGCGGGCGGCGACCAGGCCAAAGAAAGUCAAAUAGAAAAUGUCAAACCAAAGGAGUGUUCUGAACCAGAACCGUCCAAGAGUAUAGAUACUAAACCAGCUGCCGAAGUUGUAGAAGAAGAUAAGGAUCCAUCAAAGUUGUGAGCAUUCCCUAUACAUAUCAACUGGGAAAUUAAUUAAUGAGAGUGCAUGCCAUAUGGGAUGAUUGUACAGUUUUUUGUAAUUAACAUAUUUUAAUCAACAGUAAAAACUUAGAACAAUAAAUCACUGCUAUAAAACAAUAGGGGGACAAUUUAUGAAAACCACCAGUGAUGUGAUAUAUGUGUAUAUCAUAGGUUAAUGUUGACUUUUAAAAGCUUAUUACAAUUGUAUAUUUUGGUUUUAAUUUAUUUUUUAAAUUAAGAUUUGUGUUUAGUGUCUUUUUAUUAUUUUUAAAAGUUGUCUCACUAUUGUAUAAGAGUGAAUUAAUCAUUUUGAAUGUAUUCAACUAGCAAUAUACUGAACAAAAACUAGUUUCUUUUUUGUAAGAUACUUUGAUUUAAUUUAUUGUUUUUUUUUUAUUAUUUUUAUUUGAUUAGAACUUUUAAAUUAAACUUUUAACCUUUGUAAAGAGAUACUACUUAAGUGUAUUUUUUAAAAAAAAAUCCAGGGUUUUUAAAGUAUUAUCUAAUUCAAAGCUUAUUGCUCAGCAUUUAUGCAAGGUAAUUUUUAUAUUGCUAAUCUCUUUACAAAGCGUGCAAUAUGAUCUAAGGCUGAACUGAUACGCGUGAAUAUUAUAAACAAUACAAGAAUGUUUGAUCUCAACUAUACCAUAUUGUUGGAUUAUUAUACAUAUAGUAGAUAUUGAUGGAUACGGAUAUUUUGAUGUUCCUAAUGCCUUAUUGAAUCUGGGACAUGCAUAUUGAAAAAAUCUUCUAAACCACAUAAAUUAUCCAAAUUACGCUUUGUAAACUACUUAAUAUUACAUGUAAGCUUUAGUUAUUUAAGUUAAUUAUACUUCAAGUAUAAACGUCAAUUAUUUGGGUGAAUCACUUCAGCCUUACACCAAAAAUUGAAAUAGGUUUUAUGCAAUUUUGCAUAAGAAAUGUAACAAUUUGCACAAAAUCUAUUUAGUAUUGUGAUAUAAACCAAUCCCCUUGCAAUUAGUGUAUUAGUUACUUUAUUGUGCCUGUUAUGCAAUCAUAAAUUAAACCAAAUGUAAAUUAUGUAUUCAUCGAAAAAAAAGAACAUAUAUUAAAUAUAGGAUCCCUUCUUUUCUUAAAGUUAACCUUUGGUGAUAUUUGACAAUGAAGGGAUAAAUAAAAUUUUAGUUGUUGUUUAUACCACUGGACAGUUGAAGUACAGAUAAAAGUACAAAAAUUGAUUUUCAUAUUUAAUAUGACCAAUAUGUUAGGACCUCUAUUUUCUCUUGAUAUUCGUGCAGUGAUUUUUGUGACAAGUAAUCUACUGUUAAAUCGAGAAAUGUCCAAAUUAAAAUCAAUUAACUUGUCGUUUUUAUAACAUUUUAUGAAUAUUAAGAGGAACUAGUAGUUAGUUUUUCGUUUAAUUUUCACUUAUGAUUUUUUCACAACUAUAACUUCUGUGAUUUAUAGAUUGUGUCUAAAUUAUAACAUAGCACAUUCUACUACUUUUACUUAAUGUACACAUUUCUCAUGAUACAGUGCCUAGGCAUUAUUGUAUAUUUUUUAAACAUUCACAUGUUGUUAUUUGAAAUUUUUGUUUCCAUUAUAUUGGUUCAAAUAAAAAAUUACCAGACAA